AUGGCAGAUCCAAAAUAUGAGAAUCUUCCUGGUAUAGCUUACGAUCAACCCGAUGUGUAUGAAACCGGUGACCUACCUGAAGCUGAUCAACCUGACCCUUACGAAGAAGAAGAAAACGAAAGUAUUGAACAAUUGCACCUGUCUGUCAAAGACUCCUUUAAUAAAUUUAAAGGAAAAUUUUUGACUGGUACAGUUGAUUUUUCGGACAGAUUAAGUAGGAAAACGCGAAUCGGAUACAGAGCUGGUGAGUGGGAAUUGGCAGCAGAGGGUGAACCAGAAACUCCAUUCGAGCGAUACAACAGACUCAGAUGUGAGUUCUCAGAGUUACUGGAACAAGUUACAGAACAGAGAGAUAAAGCUUCAGAAAGUGAAAAGGAAGAACAUAGUAAGUUGGCAGCUCAGAUUAAUUCUACUAAGAAACUGCUUGAAGAAUUGAAAUUAGAAGAAGGGGAACAAAUAGAUCCUAAAGCUGAAAAACUUAGGGAAUACCUAGCAACCAACGGCAAAAAGAAGCAUGGAGAAUUAGUGACUGCACAUCUAAAGCUGAAACCGGAGAUCAAUCUGGCACAAACAACGCGGGUAGCUCAGCUAGAGCACAGGUUACAUAAACUCGAACAAGCUGCUGGGGUAAGGGAUGAAGAAGCUUUCCGAAGACUGCAGACUGCGACUGGUGAGGCGACGCUGAUGGGCGCGGCGGCUCAGCUGGCGGCGCGCGCGGCGCUGCUGCGGCCGGCCGAGCUGGCGGCCGCGGACGCGCGCCUCGCAGCGCUGCUCGCCAACCUCGACACGCUACGCGCCGCCGUGCAGCCCGCCAACCCGGACACCGACGCAAAGGUGAAUGAACUGCACAAACUGCUGAAACAAAUCGAAGGUAUAUCGCACUCCGAGAUUCUGGAGCGGAUGGAGGCGCUGGAAGCUCUGCAUAAUCAAGCGAGCAACUUUGGGAAGUCCCUCACAGAACUGGAAACACUCCAAAGUACAGUGGCGAGUGGUGUCCAAAACAACAAGGAAUUGCUUCAAGGUGUCCAGGAGGUGUUUGCACACAAUGUGGAUAGUCUACAGAAAGAGAUCAAAAAGUUAGACGAAAGGAUCUCAAAACUAGCCGCAGUGUGA